UUUCCGGAUAAAAAAAAAAAAAUUUAAAUAAUUCCCAAUAACUAACAAAAUUUAUUUUUAAUCAAAAAUUCAACUCUUUAUUUUAUUUAUUUAUUUAUUUUAUUUUAAAAAAAAAUUUUUUCGAACAAUAUAAUUCAAACACUCUCAUUUACCAUAUCCUAAUAUGAAUCCAGGUCAACCUUCUAACUCGGAGAACCUUCCGCCUUCAUUUACCAAUAUCUAUCCUGAUUCUCAAUAUAACAACGUUCUUACCAUUUCUCCACUACAAAAGAAUGCGAACGGUUUUCACGUUACUACUGCGGUUCAGGAUAUUCAUCCUCAGCACGUAACUCAUACGUUACAAACUACACUUGCAACUACACCUUUUCAUCCUACUACCUUUUUCUAUAGUCCUCCAAACGAAUUUUGUCAUUAUUAUAUUAAUUGCAAAGAAAUCUGUUACGAUACUGUUGCUUAUUUAUUAAACAAAUCAUUAAAAGAAAAUAACGUUAAAUCUAACGAAAAUGAAUGUAUUUUCUACUAUCAACAACAACAUGCCAAGUUUUAUCAGGUAUCAUGUGAAAUCGUUUCUCCUUUAUUGAUUAAUAAUUGUUUGAAUAAAAAUUUUCUUGGUUUCGAGUUUCAACAGAAUGUGGAUGAAAAAUUAGCGUUCACUUUUGAACAAAAAGAAAACCUUGAAGGUUUGUUGAAACAAUAUUUAAGUCAAUACUUAUUAAAGUAA